GUAUUACAUAAUUAUAAAGAGAACGAUAUAAUAAAUCUUUAAUUUUUGGCCUGAAAGUAAAAUUUGAGAUAGAUAUUAAUGAAAUUCAUCAGACAAUUAAUCAUGUAGCAAUAUUAAUUAUUUUGUUAAACUAGACGUAACACUUACUGAACGGGUCAUUGCACAAUCUUUCUGUAGUGGAACGACUAUUAGUAAUUAUGUAACAAGUUCACCUAUUGGAAUGCAACAUAGUACGGUUGUCAGUCAAGGAGGUGGACUUUAUGUUAUGACACUUAGUUGGACUCCAACGGAUAACCAAUAUGGUCCACAAGGUUUUUGUGCUGGUGCUGUUGAUAGCAAUAAUUUACAAUCAGAUGCUUGGUGUAUCACCUAUUUAGUAGGAUUUGACUCACCGAAUCUUAUCCGAGCAACAGUUGUUCAAGGCACUGCUUCACCAAUUGGAACUAUAUUUUCAAAUCACUCAAUAUUUUCUAUACAAGCAACUCGUGAUGUUCAUCGUCCAACUCGAAAUGGAACCUACAUAAAGUUUAUGGAUGCUACAACUAAUACAUCAGUACAAAUAUUUGAUGCUGGAUGGCAAUCAAAUAUAUUGUAUACUGGAACUACAAUCAUUAUCAUAACGAAUUAUGCGUGGAUUCCAGGACGUAGUUAUUAUGUUCUUUUUGAUAGUGGAGUAGCGAGUGGAGUCGAAUUUUGUGGGCCUGAAUCAGCUCCAAUAACUGAUUCAACAUUUUGGACUUUCAAUAUAUGGGAUCCCGGUGUAUCAAGCACAACCACAACUACUACCACGCCUCCAACAACAGGAACUGUAACAACUCGACCAUUAUCAACAACGACUGUUAAUACAUUGUUAACGACUACUGGUCUUCAUGUUACUUCUACUACUACUGUUACAAUCACAACUACUACUGAAUCUACGACAACUUCAACUACUACAUCCAGUAAUAUUUGA